UUCUCCUCAAGAUCGCAAUAUGGAGACCACCCCUCACAAUGUGGCGGAAUAUUUGCUUUACAUUUGUAUUUGGCUUUUUUUAAUUGUUGGUUUAUUUGAAAUCUUAAUUCAAAUAGAUUAUCUCAAAUUAUCUGGCCCUUAUUUAAACAUUUAAUUGUUAUUUGUGUUCCUUGUUUGCUUUUUUAGAUAGCUAAUGUAAUCAUAAUCUCUCUUUUCAUAUAUUUAUGUCCAUCUUUUUUCAUAACAUGUUCAUUUAAUUUUCUCCUAGACUUUUCCAAAAAUUAAACAAAGCUCAUGAACUGAAAUUCGUGUUGCACUACUUUUCUACUUUUUUGACUUCGAAUUGAUCUUGAUUUUAAAGUUUUGCUAUCAUAUUGAACGUGUUUUAACAUUAUUUCUUCGAGGCUCAAACAGACGAAGCCUCAACGCGAUAUCAUAUGUUUGUACGUGUUUGUAUUCAUCCUUGCUGCCUCAACCUAAACAAUAUACCAUGACAGCCUCAGAUAAUGACGAAAUCUCGGAAAAUCCUGAUAAAAAAUAUCGUGGAAAUGUUCCAGUUAUCGACAGUAUCGAUCAAAUGACCCCAGUCGAAAGGAAACUCACCAAAUUGUUCAAAUGCAGCUUCUAUCGUAAUCGAUGUUUUUUCACUUCUGAUGAUCCUGCAAGUUUCAUGAGGCAUCUUGAGGCAAGACACAAAGGAGAGAAUGCUUACUGCAUUUACUGCUAUUACUAUUCUGGUGAAAACAAAUCCUAUGAACGAACAGAAGGACUUAUUGAUCACAUUUUGACACAUCAUGGGUUCAGAAAUUUUCAGUGUAACUCUUGUGUUUACCGAGGGACCAGCAUUCCUCAUGUUCUUCUCCAUCAAGCAAAUAUUCAUGGCAAUAAAUAUCAAACCACUCUAUCAGGGGAAGGUUCGAUUGGAUUAUGUAAAGUGCUUGUUUGUAAGCAAAUUGUAAAUGGUCCACUGCCAAGUGAAACGGUCCAUUGGUCUAAUUGUCGAGUUGAUAGAGUUAUUGCAUCACCCAAGGAAUCUCCAAAGUAUCAAUGUCUUUAUUGUGAUUUUGUUUCUCUUGUCCCUCACGUUGUUUUUUUUCAUAUUUGUAAAGUUCACCCCGACUUCAGUUUAUGUUUGUUUGAUAAAUAUGUUGAUCCUUUACCAGAGAUAGAAGAAGCCGACGAAAAGAAUGCUGAAGAAGCUUUGGAUGAUGAAGAUCUCGAAUUAGAUGCUAUCGUCAAUGAACUCCAUGGCAUCGGUACCAAAGAUGAUGACGAUGUCGAUAUGACUCCUGUUGAUGAACCUGUUGCAGAAAUUUUUUCUGAUGACGAAAAUGAAAAUCAAAACCGACAAGAUACUGGGAAAGAGGAGACUACAAGGGAAAGAUUGUUCGCUGUAAAAGGACUCAGAAUAGCAAAGAAACAAUCUGAUUCAAGUAAAGCGCGAAAAUCGACAUCAAAACCCUCUGUUCGCUUUCAAGAGCCUGAAUUUGACAAAGAUGAUGAUGAUGAUGAUGGAGAGGAGGAAUUGAGUUUCGCAAGAAGAAUUAGAGGAUUCAGACCUGAGCAGAGUGCAGCAUUAUUUACACCGGUGGCUUUAACUGGAAGCAAGCAUUCCGCUCGAAAUAUGUUUAAAUGUACAAUAUGUGCUGAUGGAGCUCAACUUAGCAGAGUUUCAAUAGAAUCUCAUCUAAAGCACAAGCAUGGUACUACAAGUUCAUUCAAAUGCUCUGAAUGUGACUUUCUUGGCAGCUCAAAAGCUAUUGAUAGUCAUUUCAGAGCCAUUCAUAGCUCUAUUGAAUCCACAGUUAGGUAUAUAAAAUUUAUUGUAGCCCUUGAUGAAAAAGAAGAAGCAAGUAAAACGAUAAUGGGUCAACCUGUGAGGCCUGGUACCAACCCAGUACCCAAAAGUAGCAAGAAACCAUCUGAAAAAGAUCCUAAAAAUUUAUCGAGUAGAAUCAAAAAAUCUGUCUUUGUCGGACCGGCAAAUUGGAAAGCGGGAAAAAGGCAAAAAAGAAAAGAGCCUGGUGAUGCCGAACAAGACAGUGGGUCUGAUGCGGAAACUAUUUGUGGAGAUCCUUACAUAGAAGAAAUGACAAUUGACGAACAGGAACAGGAACAGGAACAAGAACAAGAGCAAGAACCAGAUAAUCGUACGAAUAGACGUAUACAUAGAGCUAAAAGAAAAGCCAGAGACAGCGAAGUGACAACGUCUCCAAAUAGACCAGGCGAAGAGCUCUUUGAACCAAAGUCAUCCCAAGAAAGAGGAUCUGAACUCUUCUUUUGUCUGUUUUGCAAUACAUUUUCAUCUACUAACUUUGAUGAAGCUCAAACACAUAUGAAGCUACAUCUUGGAUUGGAUAAAAUUACCUGUCCGAAAUGUCUUACUUUUGAAUGUGCCAAUAUAAGAGACUUGAAAUUACAUUGCGAAAAUGAGCAUCCAUUUGAUAGUGUGGAACUUGAUGAUAAUAACAAACAUAUCAAUUACAUCACUGAAUUUCUCAAUGAGCAGUUUAUUCGUCGUUUUAAAAGUGACCAGAUGUCAGCAGAGCAGGCAUCUCGAUAUGCACGAAUUAUUUGUCCAAUUUGUGAAAGAGCAAAUCAAUUGACUGGUACCGCUAACUAUCAUCACAUCAGUUGGAAAGCAUUUAAGAGGCAUUUUUGGAAACACGCUAAUGCCACUUAUAUUAAUUGUAAAAUCUGUAAAGCUCUUGUCCCCAGAAUCAUAAAACGUAAUCAUCUCGAAAUGGGUCAUUAUGAUGAAAUUUCUGAAGAUAUUUCCGAUCUUAAAGAUUUGAGUAGGUAUUAUGAUGAACCUUUAUCUAUACGAGCUCUCAACUGUCUAAAGAGUUACAAACUCAAGUGCAAAGCAUUUUACGAAAGCCGCAUAAAAGAGGAAUUUGAAAUUGAAGAAUGCAGAGUUGUUCUGGGAACAGAAUUGAAACAGGCAAUGAGCGCUACCGUUAAACAAGAACCUUGUGAUACAUGGUGAAACAUUAAACCAUAUUUAUUUGUUUCUCUAAUCAACAUAAUUAACAACAAUUCUACGAGAUAUCUUUGGCUUCAAUUAAUUAUGCUUAUCUCAGUGUCUUUAAACUUUCACCUCAUUGCGAGAUUGUAUUGGUCAAAGACAAACAAAUGGAAAAUUUCGUAUUUGCUCGUUAUGCUGCAUCAAACGUUCACCGCCAUUCUUCAUUCCAAUCAGAAAUCCAUCAAUCUUUUGAACUCAGUCUUUAAGUUUUGGAAAAAAAAUUCGCACUGGGAUGCAAAAAUUCGUUAAAGCUGGUCGUUAAUAUAAUAAUCAACUCGUAAUAAACCAAGCUCGUUUCAUUCUUCUAGUUCAAAUUUCGACGACGUUGUUGAUAAGGACGUAUCAGAAUCGUAGUCAGUGGAUGAUUUAUAUUGGUUUUCACUGCUAUAAACGGAAUCGCCAGAUGUCAAGUGAUCAUCAUCGCCCUAUUAGCACACAGAAAACAGUUUACAAUUAACAAAAACUUCAUGAUAGUCUAACCAAUAUUCUGAUAAUCUAAUACUUCAAUAUUGUGCCAUCUAUUUGCCUUAAACAAACUUACAUUCUUGUCCAA